CGAUACGACUGUUCCUUGCUCAAAAUGGAUCACUGAAUUAAUCCAAUAUAUUCUAUAAUAUUUUGUGUUACUAACGUGUAAUUAAUUCAUUGAAUGGACGCGAUAAUUGUUAUCUUUUUCCUGACGUUUCCCUUGUACGUAUAGCAUAAGUAUGUAUGCAUUUACAUACACAUGUAUCAAUCGGACCAAUCCUGUUGCUUCCUGUAUUUCUAUUCCUAAUUCCUAUCAAUUCCUAUAUUAUUGUCUACAUCUGUUCGUAUCGUGUUGUAUUUAAAAGUGUAAGAUCUGUCAAAAAUGGGUAAGAAAGGAAAAGCAGGAGGAAGUAAUUUAGGAAAAGCUUUGAUCAGAGAUCGUUUCGGGUCAUCGAGGAAUAAAAGAAACGCCGAGUCGUCUAUGCUCCAUACCUCCGAUUUAAACGAUGGCUAUGACUGGGGUCGUCUUAAUCUUCAAUCCGUCACGGAAGAGGAUUCGUUUCAAGAAUUCCUCUCCACCGCCGAGUUAGCUGGAACCGAGUUUCAGGCCGAGAAGUUGAACAUUAAAUUUGUCAAUCCGAAAAGUGGUAUUGGAUUGCUCUCGAAGGAUGAGAGGACGAAGGUUUUGGAGUCGCAGGAAAAGAACAGAGCGUUAUUGAAAAUACCAAGGAGGCCGAAAUGGGACAAUUCCACCACUGCGAACGAAUUGCAAAGCAGAGAAAAAGAAGAAUUUUUACAAUGGAGACGUUCUCUUGCCGUACUCCAGGAAGUGGAAGGAUUGAUGCUGACUCCGUAUGAAAAGAAUCUGGAAUUUUGGAGGCAAUUGUGGAGAGUGGUAGAACGCAGCGAUGUCAUUGUACAAAUCGUAGAUGCCAGGAAUCCGCUCCUCUUUCGCUGCGAAGAUUUGGAGGCAUAUGUCAAAGAGAUAAAUCCCAGAAAGAUGAACAUGAUAUUGAUUAAUAAGGCAGACUUCUUGACGGAAGAACAGCGACAAGCCUGGGCAAGAUACUUUACAGACAUUAAUUUGAGAAUAGCAUUAUUCUCUGCCACGUUGGCAGCUGAGAAACAAAAAUUAAGAGAUAUCAUGGAAGAAGAGAACUCCGGUGAUGAACAAUCUUGCGAAACAGACGAUGAGGAGGACAGAACUGAUGACAGCGAUUUAUCGUCGUAUAAUUCAGAAUUUGCCACGGACAGCGAAUAUGAAAGUGCCGACGAUGGUAGUUACACAAUUGUUGAAAAUGAAGAAAAUAAUUCGAAGAGCAAGGAACCUAGUUUAGAAGAAUUAAAGCCUUCAGCAGAGGAGACAGUUGAAAAAGUAAUAGACGAUACGAAGAUAGAAAAUUCGUCUGAGUUACUAACUAGAGACCAGUUGGUAUCGUUCUUCAAAAGAGUUUACAAGGGUGAGACGUACACGAAAGAAGUGACGACAAUCGGUUUAGUAGGCUACCCAAAUGUAGGAAAAAGUUCGACAAUAAAUGCUCUAUUAAUGGACAAGAAGGUAUCGGUGUCGGCAACGCCGGGCAAAACAAAACAUUUCCAAACCCUUUUUCUUGAUAAGGAUCUGCUCCUCUGCGAUUGCCCCGGGCUGGUGAUGCCCAGUUUCGUUAGUACCAAAGCAGAGAUGAUUUUGAACGGUAUAUUACCAAUCGAUCAAAUGAGGGAUCACGUGCCUCCUAUUACGUUACUCGGUUCUUUAAUACCAAGGCACGUUAUAGAAGAUCUUUAUGGAAUUAUGAUACCGCCACCGCCAGAAGGAGAAGAACCCGAUCGUCCUCCGACAGCAGAAGAAAUUUUGAACUCUUAUGGAUAUAAUAGAGGUUUCAUGACGCAAAACGGACAACCGGACAAUCCACGUUCGGCGCGGUAUCUUCUGAAAGAUUACGUGAACGGUAAACUGUUGUACUGCGUCGCGCCACCGACAAUUGAACAAGAGAAAUUUCACACGUUUCCACCAAGAAAACGAACGAUUUUCGUGAAUAAGCAUUUGCCGGCCAGGACGGUGCGCGCGAGUAAAGGUAGUAAAACUACGACCGAGGACGUGGACAAAGUGUUUUUUCAAAAUAACACGUCGGACGUACACGUGAGAGGAGUGGUUGGAAAAAUGCAGGGCUUGUUCAGAACAAAUUUCCACGGUACAAGAUCAGCGAUUGGUUCUACGCAGAGUCUGCUGAUCGAGGCGAAACCGUGGAAAAAGAUUAACAAACAUACCAACAAAAAGAAACGGGAGAAAACGAGGAGAUUGUACGCUCAUCUUGAUGAACAUUGAUUCCUGUUAUUGCCGCGUUAUCGGGUGAAUUGAAGGCCUUCUCGCUAUACAACAGCGGAUUAUAUUUUGUAAUAUACAAAUCUCUAAGAGUAUAAGCGCAUCAGAUUGUAUCGAUUCUAGUACUGUAAACACAUAUACAUAUAAGAAUA